AGUGGCUACCAUCAUGCAAGGAUGCGGUCACGGUUUUAUUAUUCUAAUGUAAGCAGGCUUCGCUUCAAGUUUCUCUGCUGAGGAAAGGAUGAACAGCGUCAUGUAAGCAGAACUAUAAGUAGAUACUGAAUGGAGAUGAUACGAUUUCCCGGUUGUUUGACAGCAUAUUGAUUAACUGGGGCUGGAAUCAGUGUUGAGGCUCUGGAAAAUCACGAAAGGUAUUGUCCUCGUUUAAACUCACACCUUUGUAGCUCGAAAGAAGAAUAGGAAGACCUUCAACUAGCCUUGGUUAUUCUCAAUUUUAGUAAGGCAAUAGCUGUAUAAAAUAUGUUGUGGAGCGUGUUAUGGAGCGUGUGUGAUGUGAGCGAAUAAAUGGCAUAAUAUGCUAGCUAACAGGCGCAAAUGAGUUUAUACAUUAUAUUUAUACGUUUAUACAUAAGUCAAAUAUUUCUAUAAAACUUCUUAUAGGCCUAUUUUUUUGUGUGGUAGCUUAGUGUUUGUUUCGAAGUCUGGACGCGUGACUUAACCAACGACUAAGUUCUAGAUUUUUGGUAAAUGCAACAUGGUAUCCCUAUCAUGUUUACUUACAAUCAUGUAGAUACUUGCACUUAAGAAGUUAUGCAUGUAGACAGCGCUAUGUUUCAUAAUAAUUAUGUCAGAUCCCAAUCAUCCCAUUGUUAAACUCUCUUUCGUAACACGCACAAACUAGACUACAUGUCUUGACUGUCAAGCUGUAUCUGAGAGAUGACCAUUUCUCUUUGACUUGCCUACUGGCUGUUUUUGGGGUAGUCUACAUCUAUCUUUUCUUCUCCAGAGCACGAACGAUUAUAUCAUAGCUCGUCUGUAUUUUUAGCCAAGUGACUUUUCAGAACAAUGGCCCGGCUCAGGCGGAAAGCGUGUGUGGCUCUUUUCCUCUUCACACUCUUUGUGUUCGGGACCCUUAUGGGUUUGCGAACCUUGAAACCCAGUGAAGGCUUUUCGGACCUGGCCCCAGGGCUGGAACUCAUGGCAGGAGUCGGGGGGAAGGUUGACCGUCGAUCCGCGUCCAGCGGCGUGGCAGUCUCUCCGGGUAACACUCGGGUUAAUGCCGGCGACACAAAAGCAUCUCUCUCCAACUCUGGCCAGGACAAAGGUAUUUUUUACGACGUCCACAUAUUUUAUUACAUGUGGUAUGGGAACCCACAACUGGAUGGGAAAUACAUGCAUUGGGACCAUGUUCUGGUUCCACACUGGGACCCGAAGAUUGCCGCAAGUUACCCUACAGGCAGGCACACUCCUCCAGACGACAUCGGCUCAAGCUUUUACCCAGAGCUGGGUCCCUACAGUUCUCGGGAACCUGAGGUGUUGGAGUCUCACAUGGAACAGAUCGAAGCAGCGGGAGCAGGAGUGGUGGUGGUGUCCUGGUAUCCCCCUGGUCUGUCCGAUGACAAUGGAGAGCCGACGGAGGACAUUGUGCCGGCCAUCUUGGAGGCAGCACACAGACAUAGCCUCAAGGUGGCCUUUCACCUUCAGCCUUACAGAGGGAGAAGUGACCAGAGCGUGCAUGAGAACAUCAAAUACAUCAUUGACAGGUAUGGAGACCAUGGAGCUUUCUACCGUUUCGCCACCAACAUGGGCAAAGUGUUGCCCCUCUUCUACAUCUACGACUCGUACCUGACGCCACCGGAGGCCUGGUCAGAGCUGCUGAGCUCCACAGGCUCGCACAGCCUGCGCGGCACCCCAUACGACGGCGUCUUCGUGGCGCUGAUCGUGGAGGAGCGGCACAAGCACGACAUUCUGGCGGGGGGUUUCGACGGCAUGUACACCUACUUCGCCUCCAACGGCUUCUCGUUUGGCUCGUCGCACCAGAACUGGAAGGCCGUCAAGGCCUUCUGCGACGGCAACAACCUGCUGUUCGUGCCGAGCGUUGGCCCCGGCUACAUCGACACCAGCAUCCGGCCCUGGAACAACCACAACACACGCAACCGCGUCAACGGCCGCUACUACGAGACGGCGCUGCAGGCGGCGCUCAACGUGCGGCCCGAGUUGGUCAGCAUCACUUCGUUCAACGAGUGGCACGAGGGCACGCAGAUUGAGCGCGCCACGCCCAAGAAGACGGUGACGCGCCUGUACCUAGACUACCAGCCACACGCACCUGAGCUGUACCUGGAGCUGACCCGCCGCUGGGCUGAGCAGUUCAGCAAAGAGAAGGAGCAGUGGCUCAUGUAA